GUGGGUGCAUCUCGUGACCAUCGGUGGCGGCCGAUUUUUUUUUCUUUUCUCGUUCUUUCUAUAAAAAGACUCCUCCUUUAAGCCGAGAGCAAAGGGCACGAGUGAAUCUAUCUCUCUAUAUAAAAAAGGGUUUUCGUAUCAAUGGUGAAUAUUUUCCACCAAGUUCCUUCACCCUCCUCUCUCUUCUUCUUCUGAGUUACCACAUUCGCCACAAACCUAUUGUGAAUGGAGCCCUCAAGCACCCAGCAUAGUCACAUCAUUGAGGUUAAUGCAUCAAAAUCCGAUGAAGAGAGAACAACACUUGGGACAGUUAAAGUCUGUGGAGAAGCACCCUGUGGCUUCUCUGAUCUCAACAACGCUUCCGGUGAUGUAGAGGAACGCACUGCUUCUAUGAGAAAGCUCUGUAUCGCUGUUGUGCUGUGUCUUCUCUUCAUGACCGUUGAAGUGUUUGGUGGGAUCAAAGCUAAUAGCUUGGCUAUACUGACCGACGCGGCUCAUCUUCUCUCUGAUGUUGCUGCCUUUGCCAUCUCCUUGUUCUCCCUGUGGGCUGCUGGUUGGGAAGCUACCCCAAGGCAGACUUACGGGUUUUUCAGGAUUGAGAUUCUCGGAGCUCUUGUCUCUAUCCAGCUCAUUUGGUUGCUUACGGGGAUUCUUGUCUAUGAAGCCGUUAUCAGGCUUCUUACCGAGACCAGUGAGGUUAAUGGGUUUCUUAUGUUCCUUGUUGCUGCGUUUGGGCUGUUGGUGAAUAUCAUAAUGGCUGUUCUGCUCGGACAUGAUCAUGGCCACAGUCACGGUCAUGGACACAGCCAUGGUCAUGACCAUCACAGUCACGGUGGGGUGACUGUUACCACCCAUCACCACCACCAUCGUGAUCAGAGUCAUGGUGAGGACAAGCAUCAUCACGCUCAUGGCCAUGGGGAUGUUACUGAGCAGUUGCUGGACAAAUCAGAGAAGAGAAAGAGGAACAUCAACGUCCAGGGAGCUUACCUCCAUGUCCUUGGUGACUCAAUCCAGAGCGUUGGUGUUAUGAUUGGAGGAGGUAUCAUUUGGUACAAGCCGGAAUGGAAGAUAGUCGAUCUGAUCUGCACUCUAGUCUUCUCGGUUAUUGUCUUGGGGACGACCAUCAACAUGAUUAGAAGCAUUCUCGAAGUGUUGAUGGAGAGUACACCAAGAGAGAUUGACGCUACGAAGCUGGAAAAGGGUUUGCUGGAGAUGGAAGAAGUGGUGGCUGUUCAUGAGCUUCACAUUUGGGCUAUCACAGUGGGGAAAGUGCUGCUUGCUUGCCAUGUCAACAUCACACCAGAAGCAGAUGCAGAUAUGGUGCUCAACAAGGUCAUUGAUUACAUCCGGAGAGAGUAUAAUAUCAGUCAUGUCACUAUACAAAUCGAACGCUAAAAGCAUAUGCAAAAAUGCAAACAACACCUCAAGAGUCUUUUGUAUCAGUAUUCUCUAUAUUAAUAACAAUAAAGUUUCUAUCUUUUUAUUUA